AUGGGUUGCUGUAGCAGCAAACCCAAAGCCCAACAAGCAGAAAAUAUGAGUGGCUACAGAUCAGAAUUACCCAAUUCCUGUCAAUCCCAACAGCACCAACAUCAUCAUCAUCAGCAGCAGGAACACCACCAUGUUGUUCAAAAAGUUUCCGUACCUGUUACAACCCCACCACAGACGAGGCCUCAGCCGCCGCCGCCGCCGAUAAUAUCCACUACGGUGCAACUUACGCUGGCAAGCAAAGUUCCUGCUCGGGUUCCAGAAACCAUACUAGGCAAACCCUUUGAAGAUAUCAAGCAGCACUACGCGCUUGGCAAAGAACUGGGUAGGGGUCAAUUUGGCAUAACAUAUCUCUGCACAGAGAAUUCAACUGGCCAAACCUACGCCUGCAAAUCAAUCUUGAAGAGAAAGCUCACCAGCAAACAGGACAAGGAAGAUAUUAAGAGGGAGGUACAGAUUAUGCAGCAUUUGUCUGGGCAGCAAAAUAUUGUGGAGUUUAGAGGGGCUUAUGAGGAUAGACAAUCUGUGCACCUGGUAAUGGAGUUGUGUGCUGGUGGAGAAUUGUUUGAUCGGAUAAUUGCUCAAGGGCAUUACUCCGAAAGGGCUGCAGCUGCUAUUUGCAGGUCCAUUGUUAAUGUGGUCCAUAUAUGCCAUUUCAUGGGAGUGAUGCAUCGUGAUCUGAAACCAGAGAAUUUCUUGCUGUCUAGUAAGGAUGAAGGGGCUAUGUUGAAAGCAACUGAUUUUGGCUUGUCCGUGUUCAUUGAAGAAGGGAAAAUGUACCGCGACAUUGUUGGUAGUGCUUACUAUGUUGCUCCCGAAGUUCUGCAACGUAGUUAUGGAAAAGAAAUUGACAUUUGGAGUGCAGGGGUUAUUUUGUACAUUCUCCUUAGUGGUGUACCUCCAUUUUGGGCUGAAACGGAAAAAGGAAUUUUUGAUGCCAUUAUGCAAGGGGAAAUUGACUUUGACAGUGAUCCAUGGCCUUUGGUAUCUGACAGUGCCAAAGACCUAGUCAGGAAGAUGCUGAUGCAAGAUCCAAAGAAACGAAUCACUUCUGCCCAAGUUCUUGAGCAUCCUUGGAUGAGGGAAGGUGGAGAAGCAUCAGACAGACCAAUUGGUAGUGCAGUUCUUUCAAGAAUGAAGCAAUUCAGGGCAAUGAAUAAGCUCAAAAAACUUGCAUUGAAGGUAAUUGCAGAAAGUUUAUCUGAGGAAGAAAUUCAAGGGCUUAAGACAAUGUUUGCGAACAUGGACACUGACAAUAGUGGUACAAUAACGUAUGAAGAACUGAAAUCUGGUUUGGCUAGGCUCGGAUCUAGGCUCUCAGAAGCUGAAGUCAAGCAACUCAUGGAAGCUGCUGAUGUGGAUGGAAAUGGGGCAAUUGAUUACAUUGAAUUUAUCUCUGCGACAAUGCAUAGAUACAGACUCGAAAGGGAUGAGCACCUAUACAAAGCAUUUCAAUAUUUUGACAAAGAUAACAGUGGGUAUAUAACAAGGGAUGAGUUAAAGAGUGCCAUGAAGGAAUACGGAAUGGGGGAUGAAGCUAGCAUCCGAGAAAUAAUUUCUGAGGUCGAUGCUGACAAUGACGGAAGAAUCAACUACGAGGAGUUCUGCACGAUGAUGAGAAGUGGUACACAACAGCCAGGAAAACUCUUUUAG